AUGGUCAUUCUUAAUCCAAUUGAAUUGGAUCAUGAAGCUCCAAGAGAAACCAAUGCUAACGCAAGUGACAGCUCCAUUAUGCCCAAGCAAGCUGACCAUAUCACUAGGUCAUCACACUGCACUAAAUCUGUGAAAUUUUUGAUGAUUCAAGCCUUCAUCAUAUGUUACUACUGUAUGUGCAUUAGUGUGAUUAUCAAGAAACCACUCAGUGUCACUAAAGCUGCAUUGCACAAUGAUCUAAACCUUACAACUGUACAGCUUAGUCAUAUUGAUGGUUUUUUUUUGAUUUCAAGGGCAAUAGGUCAAUUGGUGAUUCCAUUUUUAGCUGCUGAAUUUUGUUGGAGAAGGUUUCUUUUUAACUGUUACAUCAUCAUAUCCAUGACACUAUUCAUCUUCCCUUUCUUUUCCUCCUUCUAUCAGUUUAUAUUUUUAUAUAGCAUUGUUGGAUUUUCUUCAUCGUAUUUUUAUCCCAUAAUUAUGAAUAAUUUAGUUACUUGGUUGCCCAAGAAGUUAUUGGUGAAGUUGUUACUAUUUUGGGUUACUUCUCAUAAUUUUGGUGCCAUUAUUGGAACAGUCUUAUGUACAAUGUCAAUCAGAUUGUUUGGCUGGAGAAGUUGCUUUAUCAUCAUUUCAUUUGUAGUUUUUAUCGCAGCGGUUUUAAUUCGCAACGUUUACGAAGACCCUGAUGUUAUAGUUAAUAUUGGGCAACAAAGUGACUCCAAUAACAAUAUUGAGCUUGAGCCAAUUGGCAGUGAAGUUGUUCCUAAUAAUCUUGAAUUUAUUGAUAUACCAAUUAAUGAUUCUAAAAAACAAAGCGUUUUUGAUAAAAUUCAUUCAUUUUUCACUUACUUAUUGAAACCUAUAAUUGGAAAUCGCAACACGGAUAAUGAUACAGAUGAUCUGGCUGCAGUGUCUACGAUUUGGAAGCAGGGCUCCAUUGCUAUUGUUCAGAGAUUUAAGAGUAUGUACACAUAUAUGGUGGAGAAUAAGGCCUUUUCUUCAAUUGACUUUGCAAAGUAUUCCAGACAAUAUAAAUCAAUAUUCACAACAUGUCCAAAAUUACUCCUACUAUGUAUAACAUAUUUUUUUAUCAAUCUAAUAAGUUAUUCUUACUUCUUUUGGCUUCCAUUUUAUUUAACCACUCAAUUGAAUUAUGAUUCAGAGUUGGCGGCUGAUUUAUCGAUGAUUUUUGAUUUUGGAGGAUUCCUUGGUAUUAUUUUGACAAGUUUGACAACAGAAUUCUUUCCUGCAAAACAUCGUAUUGCCGCUGGAUGGGUAUGGUGCAUUGCAACAUUCAUAUCAAUGACCUUAUUUGAAUAUUUUACUAAUUUUGGCAAGGCUUUUAUCAUCCUUGGUAUAGGCCUAGUGGGAAUCACAUCCACUGCCACGAUUUGCAUUAUUACUACCUUAUCUGUUUACGACAUUUUUAAAGAAUCAGGCCUAGAGGAAUCCUUGUUAUCAAUGACAUGCAGUAUACUCCUUUCAUUUGGUUCUGUUGGAGCAGUUUUACAAAGUUAUUUAACAACUUCCCUAGCCAAUAACUACGGCUGGAAUAGCGUAUUUUCCACAUUCUGCGCCAUGUCGUUUUUGUCUUCCAUUUUGAUGGUCUUGUUGCACUUAUUGGAGAAUAAUUCUCCUUCGAUCCCCCUGCCCAACUGA